AAGAUUUCCUCUUGACAGCAAUGACUCUCUUAGAACAAAAUCUGCCUACAGCAGCAGAAGUCGCAGCUUUAUGUCACCUUCGAGAACAUCAAGUCGAAGAUGUCUUCUCUUGCACGCCUCAACAAGUCGUUCAGAUCUCUGAGGACAGAUCUGAACUCUUCCAUCUUGUUCUAUCCUUCGGCCCCGGUGGCGACAUGAAGAAGUGGACCCAAUGCGUUUGUCGGGUUGUCGCUUUGAAUUCGAUCUUACGCACCCGGAUCGUGCGUCACCAGGCGGAUUACUUUCAAGUGGUCACAACAGAGCAUCAUACCACCGAGAGUAGAUCUGGCGAUCUCCAAGGCUUCCUAGCUAGUGAAGCCUCCCACGAUAUGUCGUUGGGGUCUGCUCUCUUCCGCAGCACAACGAUCGGUAAUCUAUUCGUGGCUUCGAUACACCACGCCAUCAUGGACCACUGGUCACUGAACUCUUUUUUGAGGGGUGAUGCUGCUAUGCUCUACUUGGGCAUUGAGCCUGUCGAGAGAGCUCCUUUCAAAGAAUUCGUCUCGCUAUGUUCAUCCAUCGAUACUUCCAAAGCCGACUCUUUCUGGGCAGCUCGGUUCAAGGACUUUCCAUCGAUAUACCCUCCUGUGGCUCUCGGUAUCUGCCCGCGACCGAGCAAGAAGCUGGAGAAAACAUUGACUCUAGACUUGGCAGUCAAGGGGAUCUCGGAGAGUCAUAUUGCAUGGUACGCCGAAGCUGCUUGGGCGUUGACAAUCGCGACAUAUGUCGACAAUGAAUCUAUUGCUUACGGCAUAGUGAUGUCUGGAAGAUCCUCAAUGUUGGGCGAAGCUGGUCAUACUCUUGGUCCUACCACUGUCGAAAUCCCGGUACAGGUUAACAUUCAUCCAAACAUGACCGUGGAGACUUUGAUAAAAGGUCGUGCUGCGUCACUACGUGAGCUCAAAGCUGAACCACUUCUGUUGCAAUACGGACUUCCCAACAUCGCAGCAACUAGCAACGCAGCAAGUAUGGCUUCAAAGUUUCAAAGUCUCUUCAACAUCGUACCUCCCCAGUCCAUAUCGCUGCCCACCACGGAUGAACAGGAGAAGUCGGUCGCAUUGGACAACGUAAUCAAACACUCGCGUGGCGGUUUCGCGUUGACUUUUAAUUGCCGACUUGUGGGAGAUGACAUCAUGCUCGAAGCACUGUACGAUCCAGCCAUCCUUGCCAGCGACGAGAUACAACACAUCUUGGAUCAGUUCGAACACGACCUUGGAAUCUUGAUUGAGGUACCAUCAGGGACCAAGAUUGGGCAACUUCAACGUCUGAAUCACCACGACUGUACGAAAAUGCUGGAGUGGAACACAGCGAUGGGCAGAAAUCUUUAUGCAUCAUCCGCGGCAGACAGAAUUGUUGGUGAUUUGCGAGACAAAUCAUGGACAAGUCUCGGAAAGAUGGCGUAUGGCUUCUGGAUCGUAGACCCAAAGGACAAUGAGCGGCUUCUUCCUAUCGGUAGUGUUGGAGAGCUGUUCGUGGAGCAUCCGUCGACGUUGAAGGGCACUACUUUCCGCCCCCAAUUUGACCUCGGUGCCGUCUCCACUGUGCCAUCGUGGGCUAACGACCUCUGCAAGAAGUCGACACGUCUCCUCCGAACCAGUGCCCUUGCCCGCUACGACCAUGACGGAAGGAUCUCGGUGAUUGGCAGACAUGAGAAUAGAAUCAGGCUCGCGGGCCGUGUCGUCCAGCUUGAGCACAUCGAAAAAGCAAUCAAGGAUGAUGAUGCGGUCAGGGGUGCAGUAGUGUUGCCCAAGAUAGUGUCAGGGCGUACUAGACUUGUUGCAAUUUUAACUCUGGUAGGGCAUGAGCGUACGGACCUGCGAUUGAUGCCAGAGGAGAUCUCGCCAGGGGUAAGUCGAUGCCUGGAGGAUAUACAAGAGCACAUCAAGUCUGUCUUAGUCGGUGGCGAGAUGCCUAUUAUUUGGCAUGUCGUAGGUCGUUUACCUCGUCUUGAAGACGAAAGCAUAGAUAGAUCGGCUGUUCGCGACUGGCUUAAGACUCUGAGGUGACAAGAUGCGAUCCCUUCUUGGUGUAGGCACGAGCAGACACAUGCGGAAGCUGAUCUUACAUCAGAAAAACUAUCGCGUAUUCAAGCC